AUGAGUGGAGGCAGUGCCGUGCAGCAACGUACAACCUACCUCAUUUCCCUCACUUUGGUGAAGGUGGAGGCUGUGGAGGAGAAUGUAGGGGAGGUCAAGAACAACUCGCAGGGGAAGGAAGUGGAGGGUGGACUAGGAGUAAGGCCAAGGGAAGAGGACAGGUUGACACUGAAGUCUGAAGAUGGAGCGAAUGCCUGCACUAAAAAUUAUGCUGAAAAGGUUCCAGAAGAACCACAAAGAGAUCAUGAUACUGCAGUUGAGAAAAUGAGAAAUAAUGAACUCAAGGAUGAGGAGGGUGAACAACUGAUCCCCCUGAGAGAUAACACACUUAGCAAUACUGAUGAUGGCGAUAAACACAGUGAAACUCAGCAAUCUAAACUGUCAAAGCCUUUUGGUUCAGAGGGAAUGACCAUUCAGAAGACAAAAUCUACAGUUAUAACCGAGAAUACAGUUCACAUGUCAGAUGCAAAACUCAGUAGCUCUCCGUCACUAACCACAACACCACAAACAGAAGUGGUGGAGUCCAGUUGUACCCCAACCAGGACAUGCAUCCCAAUUCCUCCAGAACAACAGCAUUCUAUGGAUCAGGUGAAGUCUCACAGCAGCACAUCCACUCGUGGUCAUGACUCCAGGAAGGGUCGGGAAUUCAGCCCUACUUUUGCACAGAGCCUUGAUCGCAAAGACUGCCGUGUAACCUCUCGUUCACCAGGCCCCUGCCGGGCUUCUUGGGCUGAGGCAGGUCAGCACAAAGAUUGGAGGGACACACGGGAUGGGACUCCAACUGGAAUGCCACUGGAGACCAGAGUUGGCAUGGUUGCAGUUAUUAGAGACACCCCAAGGAAGGAAAGGCUGAAAACAGGUUCAGCCUCCUUACCUGCACCUACUACCCCAGUCCCAAAACCGACACGCAAAGAUAAAAGCCGCACAUUGGAUAACAGUGAUCUGAACUGCCUUUCUGAAGACCUGGGGUUGACUACAGAAGCCCAGCAGGUUCAACGAGGCUCUGCAAAAGACAGAAAGAUGCUCAAAUUCAUCAGUGGUAUUUUCACAAAGAGCAGUACUGGAGCAGUGGGGUCAUCUGCCUCUGCACCUCCUGUUUAUAUACAAAGAGAUUCAAGUGAGGAAGAAGUGAAUAUUGCUAACAGCCAAGAGUGGACGCUGAGCAGAUCAAUCCCCGAGCUGAGAUUGGGCAUCCUCGGAAGUUUAAAGAGUGGCAAAUCAGCACUGGUGAACAAAUACAUCACUGGCAUUUAUGCUGCAGUUGAGAAACCAGAUGGUGGAAGGUAUAAAAAGGAAAUAAUGGUGGACGGUCAAAGUCAUUUAUUACUGAUUCGAGAGGAAGCUGGACCACCUAAUGCACAGUUCAGCAGCUGGGUUGAAGCCGUUAUCCUAGUGUUUAGUCUGGAAAAUGAAACCAGUUUCCAGGAGCUUUACCAGCUCUACAGCCAGCUCAGCGCAUAUCGUUCAGACAUCCCUGUCAUUGUUGUCGGCACCCAAGAUAAAAUAAGCAGCACCAACCCUCGUGUGAUUGAGGAUCAGAGAGCCAGACAGUUGUGUAUUGAUGUACGUCAUUCAUUGUUUUAUGAGACCUGUGCCACAUAUGGGUUCAAUGUGGACAGAGUGUUUUCAGAAGCUUCCCAGAAGAUUGUUGCUCACAAAAAACAGACUGCUUUGCAGGCAUGCAAAUCUCUUCCUAAUUCCCCGAGUCACUCUGGCGGCUCCACACCAGGAUCAACGUCUCUCCCCGGACAGGCCAGUAAUGGCCGCUGUAGUGGCUAUGCGUACUCUCUCCCCUCCACCCCUGUGGUUGGUCAUAAAGAGCUGCGGGUUGCUCAGGUAGAAGGGGGAUGCAACGUCAAUUCACGCUCACUAAAAAGCAUCCCAAGACGACCCUCCCUGUUUAAGAACCGGGACGUGGAUAAAAAACCUGUGGACCCUAAAGACCAAAGUAAUAUUAGAGGUGUUCCAAUAAAACAGAGCAUCCUGUGGAAGAGAAGUGGUAACUCUCUAAAUAAGGAAUGGAAGAAGAAAUUUGUUACCCUGUCCAACAAUGGCACACUUUCCUAUCACUCCAGUGCCAGUGACUAUACACAAAAUAUCCAUGGAAAGGAAUUUGACCUCUUGCGUGUGACAGUCAAAAUUCCUGGAAAACGUCCUCCUAGAGCUGUAAUACCUACAGGCCCCGGGCCUGUCCCCCCAGGGAAUUCUUCUGGUGUUAAUGGACUGUGUAAGGAGCUAACAACAUCUGAUAGUACAACAACAGUUCCUCAGCUGUGCCCAACCACUGUGUCCUUGGUUGAUGACCAGUCUGGAGGUUUGUCUCCUCAAGGAAGGGAGCGGGGACUGCAGCGUUGCCCUUCCUCACUGUCUGCCAAAGCGCAAAGUAUUGAUGGCCUUGAAGGGACUGCCAGUUCUUUUGUUGGAAAAGAUCCAACACAAUCAUCCCCCAUGAGUGACAGGAAGAAAAACAGAAGAAAGAAAAGCAUGAACCAGAAAGGAGAUGCAGCUGCUGGGCAAGCUGAGGCAGCUAAACGCAAAAUGUGGAAAUUAAAGAGCUUUGGUAGCUUAAGAAACAUUAAUAAGACAGAGGAAGAGAAUGCAGACUUUAUUAUAGUUUCAUUUACUGGGCAGACAUGGCACUUUGAGGCUCAAAACCAGGAUGAAAGGGACUCAUGGGUGUCAGCUAUAGAGAGCCAGAUCCUUGCAAGCCUCCAGUCAUGUGAGAGUGGCAGAAAUAAGGCAAGGAGAAGCAGUCACAGUGAGGCCAUGGCACUGCAGGCCAUUCGUAAUACCAAGGGCAACAGUCUUUGUGUGGAUUGUGAGGCACCAAAUCCCACCUGGGCUAGUCUUAACCUGGGUGCAUUGAUUUGUAUUGAGUGCUCAGGGAUCCACCGGAAUCUGGGGACUCAUCUUUCUCGUGUUCGCUCGCUGGACCUGGAUGACUGGCCUGGAGAGCUCACACAAGUCCUGGCAGCCAUUGGAAAUCACAUGGCCAACAGCAUUUGGGAGAGCUGUACCAAAGGCCAAACCAAACCGACACCUAGUGCAACACGAGAGGAAAGAGAAUCCUGGAUUCGUGCUAAAUAUGAACAACGUGCAUUUGUGGCACCACUUCAACUUGCUUCAGGGGCCCAGAUUUCAAAAGAGAGUAUGUCUGAGUGGUUGUUGGCAGCAGUGACAGAUAGAAAUCUGUCCCAGCUCCUGCUUCUUCUGGCCCACAGCACCAAGGAAAAAAUCAACACUCAACCUGCUGGAUCAUCCUCACUGCAGCGCACAGCUCUGCACGCUGCUUGUCAGCUUGGUGAUGUUGUCAUGACUCAGCUACUUGUUUGGUAUGGAAUUGAUGUGAAAGCAAAAGACAGCCAAGGCCAAACAGCUAUGAUGAUGGCCAAGAAAAUAGGGAGCAAAGGUUGCAUCGAUAUUUUACUCCAACACGGGUGUUCCAACGAGACGUCUCCCACUGCUUCUACUCCCAUCCUUUCCCGCCGCUCCAGCACUGCCAGUCUCGGUCCGAGAAUCCCCCAGGUCCAGGCCCGGCAAGGGGGACCACCCCCCGACCGGAGGGCACGCCACAGCGACACCCGAAGAGGGGGGGAGAAGGGGUAA